UGGCUCCACUCUCUCUUCGUCUGUGUGAGGUGAGGAUUUCUGCACGCUGAGCUUCGCAGGGCAGAGUGGCUGAGCGAGAAAAGUGCUCAGGGUGUCAGCCAGGCUUGAGUUCAGUUUGCUCUUGGGGUGCUUUCAGCCAGACAGCCACUAAACUGCUUCCAGGGAAAAAGAAAGGGACAGAAAGACAAAAGAAAGGAAAGAGACAGAGUACAUAAACAGCUCCAAGGUUUGGGAAAGCACACACACACACACACACACACACACACGUGCGCGCGCACAGACGCGGCCAAAGAAGAGGACAGCCAGUCUGCCGAGUCGCCUCUCUUCGCCCAUGGUCGUCUUCCACAUUUGUGGGCUCUGACCUCUUCGCCGAGAGGAAUGUGACGGUGGAGAGCCUCGUGGCCCGACUGACUGCACACUCCUCCACCCACACCGACACAGUCACACCUGCUCCAUCCCCGGCUGCUGCUCCGAGGGUCUGGUGUGGUGAGGGCCGUCAUGGACUACCUGUGGGGCAUCGCCCUGCUGCUGGUUGGGAUCACCUGGUCCCAGAGAGCAGCUGGAGCCCAGCAGGGCAAGGGGAGCGUUCCACGGCUCAAACUCUCCUACAAAGAAAUGCUGGAUUCAAACAACUUGCUUACUUUCAAUGGACUAGCCAACAGCUCCGCCUACCACACUUUCCUAUUGGACGAGGAGAAGGGCCGACUCUUUGUGGGAGCAAAGGAUCAUAUCCUGUCUUUUAACUUGAUUGACCUGAACAUGGACCAACAGAUGAUAUCCUGGCCUCCCUCUUUAUCACGUCGAGAUGAGUGUAAGUGGGCUGGAAAAGAUGUCCAGAAAGAGUGCUCCAAUUUUAUAAAGGUGUUGCAGCCAUUCAAUCAGACUCACCUGUAUGUCUGUGGCACUGGGGCCUUUCAUCCCAUCUGUGCUUAUGUGGAGGUGGGCAAGAGACCAGAGGACAACAUCUUUAGGCUGGAGUCAUCACACAUCGAGAACGGCCGUGGAAAGAGUCCUUAUGACCCAAAACUGCUGACUGCUUCACUACUUAUUGAUGGCGAGCUGUAUUCUGGGACGUCGGCAGACUUUAUGGGGCGGGACUUUGCAAUUUUCAGAACAUUAGGGAAGCAUCAUCCAAUCAGAACGGAGCAGCACGACUCCAGGUGGCUCAAUGACCCCAGGUUUGUCGGUGUCCACCUCAUUCAGGAGAGUGAUAACCCAGAAGAUGACAAGAUCUACCUGUUCUUCAGGGAGAACGCCAUCGACGGAGAGCAAACUAGCAAGGCCACACAUGCCCGAAUUGGACAGCUGUGUAAAAACGACUUUGGAGGUCAUAGGAGUUUGGUGAAUAAAUGGACCACCUUUCUGAAAGCGAGACUGAUCUGCUCUGUCCCUGGCUAUAAUGGCAUCGACACACACUUUGAUGAGCUCCAGGAUGUCUUUCUUAUGAGCGCCAAGGAUGCCAAGAGCCCUGUCAUCUAUGCAGUCUUCACUACUUCUAGUAACAUCUUCAAAGGCUCAGCGGUGUGUAUGUACAGCAUGGCCGACAUCAGGAGGGUGUUUCUUGGACCGUAUGCUCACAGGGAUGGGCCCAACUACCAGUGGGUGCCCUUCCUAGGCAGGGUGCCGUACCCACGCCCUGGCACCUGCCCAAGCAAAACCUUUGGUGGUUUUGAAUCGACAAAAGAUCUGCCUGAUGAUGUUGUCACGUUUGCCCGAAGUCAUCCGGCCAUGCACAACCCUGUGCUUCCCGUCAACAACCGCCCAAUCAUUAUUAAGACUGACGUGGAUUACCAAUUCACCCAGAUAGUGGUGGACAGGGUAGAGGCAGAAGACGGCCAGUAUGAUGUCAUGUUCAUUGGCACAGAUGUUGGCACAGUGCUUAAGGUGGUAUCAAUUCCCAGAGGCACCUGGCAUGAUCUGGAGGAGGUCUUACUGGAGGAGAUGACUGUGUUCAGGGAGCCAACUGCUAUCACUGCUAUGGAACUCUCCACCAAGCAGCAACAGCUCUACCUGGGCUCGGCUGUCGGGGUGUCCCAGAUGCCUCUGCAUCGCUGUGAUGUCUAUGGGAAGGCAUGUGCUGAAUGCUGCCUAGCCCGUGACCCCUACUGUGCCUGGGAUGGAGCCCAGUGUUCCCGAUACUUCCCUACGGCUAAGAGGAGAACUCGGAGACAGGACAUCAGGAAUGGAGACCCUCUCACCCAGUGUUCAGAUCUGCAGCGCCAUGAUGAGGAGAGGCAGGAGAGCACCCUACUGGAUAAGACGGUGUACAGUGUGGAGAACAGCAGCUCUUUCCUGGAGUGCAGUCCCAAGUCCCAGCAUGCACUCAUCUACUGGCAGUUUCAGAGACACGGAGAGGACCGCAAACAAGAGAUAAAGGCAGAUGAGCGGCUGAUGGGCACCGAGCAGGGUCUGCUGAUUCGAACUCUGCUGCAAAAGGACUCGGGGGUAUAUUACUGCCAUGCCGUAGAGCAUGGCUUCAUUCAGACCCUCCUGCGUCUCACCCUCCACGUCAUCCCCACCGAGCACCUGGACGAGCUCUUACACCGUGACCCACCAGAUGCCAACCAGUCCCCCCAUGGCAAGAUGUGGUACCAGGACUUCCUGUCCCUCAUCAACCCACCCAGCCCGAACAGCGUCGACCAGCUGUGCGAGCAGGUAUGGAAGCGGGAGAGGAAACAGCGUCGGCAGAAAGCCCACCUCCUGCAUGCUAGCCAAUCACACACCACCCACCUCCUGCACGCUAGCCAAUCACACGCCACCCACCUCCUGCACGCGGGCCAGUCACACGCCAACAAGUGGAAGCUGAUGCAGGAGAGCAAGAAGGGCCGCAACCGCAGGACCCAUGAGACACAGCGGCCGCCCCGCAGCGUGUGACCUCACGCCUGCCUGACUAAAAAUACACACAGAAAUAUAACCAGAGAGAACAGAGAGAAAAGACUUUGACUGCUCCACAGACUGUGACACUGAGACAGGGAGCGGAGCAGAUGGGAACGCAGUGUGAACGAAACAUUCAACCCCCUUUCCAUGAGUGUGCACGUGAGGGUAUGAUUACCUUUAGGCAAAGCACACUCACACUCAGACCUGUUUGUCCAGACUUGAGCUCGGGGAGAAACCAGUGGAAAACUUCACUCACAUAUGGACUGGACAAUAACAUCCAGUAAUAAUAUUCUGUAAAUAUUAUACAGAAUAAAAGGAACUUGUUCGAGACAGGCUUGUGUUUAUUAGAGGCUCAGUUCCAUUGGGUGAUGGACACAGAUCUGUAAAAAAGGAGGAAUACCUGAAGACCACUGUUUUAACUUUCCUUAAGAUUCCAGUGCACUGCAAAAUUUUUUAUAUAUAUAACCUUUUCAGAUGCCUGUAGGAGGUGUUUUAUAUUUAUAUAUAUAAGAUCCAACAGAAACACGUCCCAGUGCUCGUCUUUCUUGAACAUUUUCCAUUCAUCUUGUUUUUACCUGUUCCAAAAUCUAUAAUUUGGCAAACUCAAUAAUUGUGCCCCUCCUUAGAAUAAGCUUUUCCAACUUAAAUGUGUUUCAGAUAUUUUUUAGAUUAAUAUUUAAUUAUGUCCUUUUUCAGAGCUAUAUCUAAAAUAUUGCAUAAUAUAAAAUUGUUUGAUUAAUGGGGUUUCUUUAUUCUUUUACUGAAACUGGUGCAUUUUAGUUUUUUUUGUCUUUUGGAGCCAGGGAUUGGUAAUAAACAAUUUAUACACAAAUUUCUUUUAUUUCCUCAUCCAAAAGGUGCCAAAGGUGCCAAAGGUGCCAAAGGUGCCGUGCUGUCAGUUUGAUUAUGUACCUUUAAUUAGAUGGGUGUUUUUCGUUUUUCCUGUGUCAUCAGUCAUUUUAUAGGUGUAUUUGGAAUUCAGCAUUAGCUCAGUGAACAUCAAAUCCUUUUCUGAGGAUACAACAUAAACAAGUGCCACCUCAUCCCCUUUUAUGUCUAUUCUGUUGUAAAAGUUGACGAACAGCUGUUUUCAGCCUGUUUUGAAUUAGGUUUAAGAAUUAAACAGCUAGGCUAAUGCAAUGUGAAGGUUUUCAGUGGUGAACAGCAAAAGCUUUUCAAAUGCCAUACGAUCCUCAUGUGUAAUCAUCGGACCCUGGAUAUGGCUAAUCCUGGGUGUGGCUCAGUCCGGAGUGUGUCUGAAUCCUGGCUGUGGCUAAUCCUGGGUGGGGCUCAGUCCGGAGUGUGGCUGAAUCCUGGCUGUGGCUAAUCCUGGGUGUGGCUCAGUCCUGAGUGUGGCUGAAUCCUGGCUGUGGCUAAUCCUGGGUGGGGCUCACUCCUGUGUAUGGCUCAGAGAAUCACAGAGCAAACUUUUGCAAGAGAACAUUUCCCCUGCAGUGUGCUCUGAGCUGGAACCAGGACAGCCUCUUUCAGGAAAAGAGAACAAUUAAACUCCUUUUAUAGUCUGAUGCUUUAAAGUCACCAUUGGAUUUAGUUUAAUAUGUUUUUUUUUACCUGCCUGUGGGGCAGCAUACCAACACAAGCACACCAGAGUGUAGCUGUGAGCGUACUGUAAAAUAUUUGGGAGGAAAUGUAAUUGUCCAAGAUAUAAACCAAUGUGUACAAACUGCAUGUGAAUGCUCUUCUUCUCACAGCACUGUUCUCUCUGGCAUUUGCAGUAACUAGCGAACAAUGUUGUCAGUUCCGGGUCUGGCUGUAAACUGCAGACAGUCCACAGUUACUUUGAGGUGUACAUAUUCCUACUCUUAGAUAUGUGACAAACACAGUGUUAGCUAAGGGCUGUACUGCUACCAAUGGUACUCUCUCCCACUAUAGUUCCGUCUAAUGAUGUAUAGACUACAGCAACCUGAAGUUUCAUGGGUUGGACUACAUAUUUUUUUCCAUCAUGUUACAAUACGAGAUUACAAAUGCAAAUUGAAACAGUAUAUGGUCAAAUGACCUUGGGAUAGAAAAUGGACACUUCUGCAAUGUUUGGGUUAAACGGAAUGGACGAUGGAGAAUGAAAAAAGCAAUGCUGCUGUAAGUGGUUUUGGCAUGUAUUCUGCUGUUCUAAUAAAUGUCUGUUUAAAACCUGG